GACGCUUUGACUGUCCAUCAAACCUGCUUCGCGAUGUGAUUGGUUCCUUACGGCUUCACGUUGGAGCGGACGCAUCUAAUUGGCCAGGCGCUGUGGACGUUUGUGUCUCAGCUGGAAGAAAGGAAGGUGGCGGACUGAGAAGGGAGAUCCAGUGUAGGAGAUGCGAGCAGCGUUGCGUCUGGCAGUAGUGGCAGUACCCAUGGGUUUGCUGCUGUCCCGGACCAUGGCGUGGAUGUCCAGCGGCAAAACACAUCCAGAGCUCAUCAGCAGACUGAGGGAUCAUGGUGUGAUCCGUAACGACCGAGUGUUUGAUGCCAUGCUGGCUACAGACAGAGGGCUCUACUCCACAUACUAUCCUUAUGCAGACUCCCCUCAGUCCAUAGGCUACAGGGCGACCAUCAGUGCACCCCACAUGCAUGCACAUGCUUUGGAGCUGUUAAGUGACAAACUAACUGAAGGGGCAUCUGCUUUAGAUGUGGGUUCAGGAAGUGGAUAUCUCACUGCCUGCUUUGCAAGGAUGACAGGACCCAGCGGUAGAGUGGUUGGCAUUGAACACAUUGAGGAACUGGUUCAAAUGUCGAUAAAAAAUGUGCAAGCUGACGAUCCAGAACUGCUUACCUCUGGGCGAAUCAAACUUGUAGUGGGAGACGGAAGGCUCGGCUUCCCGGACGGAGCACCAUAUGAUGCCAUUCAUGUUGGUGCAGCUGCAGCUACUAUUCCUAAAGCUCUCUUGGAGCAGUUGAAGCCUGGUGGGCGGUUGGUUCUCCCAGUGGGGCCCGAUGGUGGCAGUCAGGUGUUAGAACAGUAUGAUCGGCAGGGUGAUGGGACCUUUCUCAAGAAAGCUUUGAUGGGAGUGGUUUAUGUCCCCCUCACUGACAAGAGACGCCAGUGGCCUGGAGGUGAGCUCUGACUGCAGUGUGGUUGCCCCUGCAGGAGGUGGCGUUGGUGCUGCAUCUCCGGGGCCCCAUAGCACUCCUCGUGGCUUCACUGAGUCCCAGACUUAAUGGCCACCUUCCCCGCUGGGUUGUCACCUAGCAACGUACAAGGAGGAUCUCGUUCUGUUUGCCCGACCAGAUUGUCUUCCAAGAGUGCUAAAUCAGUGAGUGACUUAAUGAGUAACCACCGCUGGACUGAUGACUUUACCCCCAGAAUCUUUGAAGUCAGUUUAAGUAAUUCGCUGCAUUAUUUAUGGAUAAGUUAGUGACGUUCAGCAAUGAGAAAAAGACCUACAGGUAGGUGUUGUGGAAAAUCUAGAUGAAUGGUGAAUUUGAAUUUGUACAAGCCAAGAAAUCUAAAUGAAUUCAUCAAAUUAACAAAGCAAUAUAUAUUUUGGAGUAAUAACUUCUUCUUACUAGCUUCAUAUACUGUAUGUGUAGGAUAUGUCCUAUUAACAUUUUGUUACUGUAGAGCAGGUAAUACAUUGUGCCAAAAAUGAUUCAUUGAGCACUUAAUUUUUUUGAAUCUACACAAAUACUGAAUCUUGUGUAGACUUUAUCAAUAAAAUCUACUAACUGGA